UAACAGUAGUAGCCUACUAUCAAAGAUCAGUUGGACUUCAUACAGAAUGUUGUUCAUACUAUCUUUGAUACUGAUUCAAUGUCCUAGAUGGAGCACAACAGAACAAGUACAGUGUCACAAUGACAUCAUCAAGUGUGAGACGGCCGAUAGUCAGAGCGUGGUUAACAACAAAUACUACUGCUGUGAUGUCGGCUUUAGUAUGCAGUGGGUCAAAAACAACAUUACUGGACAAAAGGACUGUGUCUGUGACAGGUACUAUUAUGUGUCGGAUUGUUUGGAAGGUCACUCCGCAUGUCAGGGCGCCACAUCUAUGUCUUCCGACGGCGCCAAAAUCAAGUGCUGCAGGCAUGGCGCCAAAAUGAGCAUCGUUAGCAACACAGUGUUCAACGGGGUUCUGCAAAACUACUGCAGGUGUAUGCAGUACAUGAACAUUGCCAACUCUAAAGCCCCAAGUAAUCAAAACAGUAUGGCAGAGGCCAUGCAAGAAAUGCAAAUGCUAGGCGCCAUGGGACUCCUACCAGAAGAAAUGUACGCCUCUGUAAACCAGAUGUCCAGGAUUAUGAACCCAGCGAGUGCUCCCUCUGCUUUCAGUGACCCUUUGAUUUCAAGUUUUGUGGAAGGAGUUGUGCAAGGACUGGUCAAAGCGUUUGGCGAUGUAAACAACAGCACCAACCCAAGCCGAUCGGUUUCGAGGCGACGAAACAGGCGACCCUACACCAACAACCACAUGGUGUACUCCCAACCAUACAUACCACCAACAAGCUACAUCCCGCCAGCAGCCCAGGUUCCACAGCAAUCCCAGAAUGGUCAGAACAGUGUUGUGACAAAUUCCAAUCCACCAAAACUUGUCAACAGUGGAGCCAACGUUAACCCUUUGUACUCCUCUGUAAACCCCUACAGCAACAUUAGACCAAGUCAUCGUAACAUCUACACGGGGAAGCGAUGAAACCAUUCAAUCUGGACUUUUAACUCUUAGACCUAUACACCUGCAAUUAUGAUCUUUUUUUUUUGUUGUUGUUUUUUCACUUAAAGGACAUACUAAGCCUUGUUUAUUUAUAUCAUGUGCGGUACUGUAGUAUUUCUAUUUAUUUAUUUUUUAAUUUUGUAAAAGAAAUAACACAUAAUAAUAUUUAGGCCGAUUAAAAGAAGGUUAAUAUUUGAUUUUUAAUGGUGAACACGUGUCAUGCAAUAAAACUAGAAUAGUUCAAUUUUUUAAAUUCCCUAUCCAAAAGAUUAGCCUACAUUGCAACAAAACAAGAAGUAUGCAUUGCGCUUGUCAAAAAGGACUAUCUUUAUUUCUUAUUUGUUUCAAUACAUUUAAUUAAUUGCUUUUUAUGAGAGAAAUAAAAUGCGUGAAAUAUUA